UGGAAAUACCACCAAAACUUUUUAUGGAAAAAUUGCACAGUUUUGGGAUGACUACCAGUAUAUACUGAGUAUUGCUAUUCCUGUAUGUGUGGGCACUCUUUUGGCUGUGGUUGUACUUACUUGUUGUAUGUGCUGUAGAAACUGCAGAAAGAAGAACAGAAGAGGAAAAAAGAAACCCAAUAACAGCAAGAAGUUUCAUGAGUUGAAGAACAUGGACAGAGUGAUGCUGCUGGCAGAUAGUUCUGAUGAUGAAAUCUAAGCAAUAAGAUGCCAAUGCCAACCCAAUAUCAAAUCUUUGUCAAAUUGGGAAAGAUCUCGGGAGAUCAGAAGCAUUUAGGAGUGUUAGAGACAUUUUGACAUUUCAGAUAACAACAGCUUUGUCGUAUUGAUCAGUAUUUUGGUUCAUCGAGGUUUUCUUAGUUUUAAAGUCAUUUUAAAGUUAAUAAUAAUGAUAACUUUGUCAAAUUGAUAAGUGUCUUGGAUGACUGAAGUUAAUGGAUUGAUGACUUUUUGUUUACGACUGUGACAUCAACAUCUGCUCAUACUUAAAAGAUCUGAAUUUUGAUGACUGAUAAAGCAUAAGUCUUCCAUUUUAAACACAUACUCAAAUACAUUGGCUCUCUGAAAAGAAGUUGCAAUCUACUUUGGUUCUUAUAUGAAAGACAUUACUUUCAGCUUUGUGGUUUUUUCUUGAAAGAUGCUAUAUUUAACUUCAUUGGUUCUUGAAAGAUGUUAUCUUAGAUCUCAUUGGCUCUUAUUUGAUAGAAUUUUUUCCCAUUUCUUUUUUUGAUAGAUGCUUAGUGGUUUAUCACAUGAUGUGAUAAGCACCUGUGCAUUAUGUUAAAAUGAUUUGACUUACAAUUUUUUAUUUUACAAGUUUAUAUCCACCUUGCAGUAAAUAUAUUAACAUCUGAAAUUGUAGUUAUUAGUUUCUAUAAAUUACAUGGUUUAUUAUGGACAUCACCUGUAGUAGACAAUCACUUAAUCACUUAUUUCUUGUGCAAUGUUCAGGUAGCAAUUUUUGUUAUAUUCUUGUCUGCAAUCAUCAAUUGUAAGAUGUUAAGGUGCUAACACAACUUACCAAUUAUUUCUGCUGUGUAUAUUUUGAUUGUAGUUCUUUUGAAAUGUGUAUGUUAGUACUUUCAUUGUAGGGUUUAUUUAAUGCGUAGAGUAUGGUUCAAUCCUUUCAGGAAAUAUUUUACAAAUGUGAAAUUAUAAUGCAUAGGAUAACAUUAGAGAUAAUAUAGAAUUUGUUAGUAUUGCAAUUUGAUGUUGUGGAAUGGCACGAAUUGAAAGGUGUAUUACAGAAUCUGCUUCCCAAAGAUCCCAAAAAUCAUUUUAUUCUUGAAUUACUAUUUUUAAAUGUUAGUGGUGUAAAAUCUUUCACAGUUUUGAUUCAUGUUUUCUUGUUUGUUGAAAGGUCAACUUGUUGUAUUGCAUUUAUUUUUUUAUAUAGUUUAUUACAGUGGGUAUCUUGUUAACGUUGCAGUUGUUGUUUCAAGAUCGCAUUUCAUUCCCAAAGUAUCGUAGG